UUCAACAAGCUUCGGCUGGAGGGCAAGCUCUGUGAUGUGGUCAUCGAUGUCAGUGGCACAGAGUUCAAAGCCCAUAAGGCCAUACUGUGCGCCUGCAGCUCUUAUUUCCGCACCCUCUUCACUGGUGGCUGGAACACUGCAGAGAAGGUGACGUACAGCAUCCCUGGGGUGUCACCGGACAUGAUGCAGCUUAUCAUCGAGUACGCUUACACACAGCACGUACCAGUCACCGAGGACAAUGUGGAGCAGCUCCUACAGGCUGCCGACCAGUUUUGCGCUGUGGGGAUAGUGCAGGCCUGCUGUGACUUCCUGGAAGCCCAGCUUUGCCCUCAGAACUGCAUCGGCAUCUGGAAGUUCACUGACACCUACUUCUGUCCCGACCUGCGGCACCGCGCCUUCCGUUUCAUCCUCCACAACUUUGAGGAGAUCGGGCGCACAUCCGAGGAAUUCCUGGAGCUCUCGCUGAACCAGCUCUGUGACAUCAUCGAGAGGGAUGACCUCAACAUUAAGCAUGAGGAUGUGGUGUUUGACCUGGUCUUGCACUGGAUCUCUCACUCGCCUAAAGAACGGAAACCCUACAUCUCCAUGCUGCUGCCUAAGGUACGAAUGGGCUUGAUGAGUGCUGACUUCAUUAUGAACAACGUGAAGGACAACUCAGUGGUGAAGGACAGCAACGAGUGCAAGCCCAUAAUCAUUAACGCCAUGAGGGCCCGGUGCAGCUACAACACAAGCAAGUCUGCCAAGCAUGCCCAGAGCAACCCGCUGAGGCGCCCGCGCCUGCCCCACACCGUUCUGCUGGCCAUUGGGGGCUGGAGCGGCAGCAACCCCACUAACGCCAUCGAGUCCUACGACAUGCGGGCCAACUGCUGGGUCAACGUGAGUCAUGAGGAGAGCCCGCGCGCCUACCACGGGGCCGUGUUCCUGAAUGGAUUCGUGUACUGCAUUGGCGGCCGCGACAACAUGGAGUACUUCAGCAGCGUGCGCAAGUUUGACCCUGCGGCGCUCACCUGGCACGAGGCGGCGCCCAUGCACUGCUGCCGCUGCUUCGUCAGCGUCACCGAGCUGGACGGCCAAAUCUACGCCAUGGGCGGCUUCGACGGAUACGUCCGCCUCAACUCGGCAGAGCGCUACAACCCGGAGACCAACCAGUGGAGCUUCAUCGCACCCAUGCACGAGCACAGGAGCGACGCCAGCGCUACCACGCUGCAUGGCAAGGUAUACAUCUGUGGGGGCUUCAAUGGAGAAGACUGUCUCUUCACUGCAGAGUUCUACAUGCCCCAAACCAACCAGUGGACCAUGAUCACCCCUAUGAGCAGUCGGCGCAGUGGAGUCGGGGUCACUGUGUAUGGGGGGGAGGUCUUUGUGGUGGGUGGUUUCGACGGGGUCAACCGCCUUCGGAGCGUCGACGCCUACGACCCGCUGACCAACUCUUGGCGCGCGGUGCCCGACAUGACCACCGCCCGCAGCAACUUCGGCAUCGAGGUCCUGGACAACCGGCUGUUUGUGGUGGGCGGCUUCAACGGCUUCACCACCACGUUCUACGCCGAGUGCUACGACGAGAGGACCGACGAGUGGAGCAACAUCCACAACAUGGGCUUCUUCCGCAGCGCCCUCAGCUGUUGUGUGGUGGCCGGGCUGCCCAACAUGAGCCACUACGCCGCCCCGCGGGACACCAUGUAG